UUCGUAUCCGGGACACAACCAUGAUAGCGGUGACGACAAUCAGAUUGCAAGCGGGUCACACUGACGUUAUGCGACCACAGCGAUACGCACGCGCAUGUGCGGUGUGUUGUUGUGUGUGGAUUGCUAAACACCCACCGUUUGCAUGCGAAUGCAAAGGCUGAUGAUGAUGGCGACCUUGCUGCAUCUGCGCAUCUUUCUUCCGUCACACAUUGCAGCUUUUUGUUCUGCAUGCGCAUGCGGAUGCAGCAAUGGAUGUCCUUUCGUUUGUUCGUUCGUGAAUUGAAGGGGGUGUCAUUUACUUCCCGCCUCCCUGCUCCUCUGUCUGCUGUCCUCUCUCUCUUUCUCUCCUCUCUCCCCGCUUAUCACGUCCUCCGUGCCGCCCACAGGCCCACGUUCACCUGUCCGUGUCUUGGCUUCUUCUCUGUCGAUUGCUGCAGUCACACAUCACUGCUGUUAAUCCUCUCUCUCUCGCUCUCACCGAGCGCAAGCACCACACGCUACACACGCGCACACCAACUCUACACACGAUCUCUACACACCGUGUAUCGCAUCACUUCCGCAGCGUGUGGUUGCUCGUUCACGUGUUUCGUGUCGGUUGGUUGGUGUUUUGGUAUUGGUAUUGGUUGUCGUCACGUAUUGCGCGCCGCCUGCAUUUGCGGUUACUCGCGCUGUUCCCAGCAGCCAAAACCAAACCUAGCGCGCAAUUGCACACACACACACACACACGCACGGCAGUGCUUCAUCCGCACAACAACCAGCAAGCAAGCAAACAAACACAAAGCCUUGCUCCUGAGUCAUUUUUUCCACUCCACUGUUUGUUGGUUCAUCGCCCACUACUGUUGCACUCCCUGCCUUAGUGCGGCAAGUCUCCAUACACACACACACUGCUGGUCUCCCUUCAGUAUCUGUUGCCCCCUCCCCCCGCGCGCCUCCGACGGCUGCUCUGCAGCGUUCCUUGUUUCCCCCACCCUUGCCUUUCUUUCCUCUUCGCCUCGCCUCGCUCUCUCUCUCUCUCUCUGUGGCAUUGGCAAUGUCCAGGAAUCCGGAGAUCAACAAGUUGAUUCCCUUUGAGCGCAGCAGCUACCAGACAACCGCCACCAUGAACCUGUGCGACCUCGUGCACUGCGCGUACGUGAAGAACAUGGAGCUGAGCAACGACGACAACCGCCCGCUGUGCCGCACCCUCCUGCAGCGCAGCAUGUGGAAGGACCUGCAGCGCGCCUUCUCUGCCACCGACGACGAGGAGGCCCUCGCCAUGGAGUUUGUUCUGCCAGAGUCGUUCCGCAACCCAAAGCCCAUGUACGGGCACGGCGCGCCGCAGUUGCCGCUGCCGCCCAUCACAGACCACAACAACAACAACAGCACCUCGCGCCGCGGCAGUGACAGGAGUUGUGCGUCGUCGUCAUCAUCGCCACAAGGCCGCGCCAACCCGGUCACAGCCGCAACCGCCGCUGCCGCUGUUGUCGCAAAUGCAACCGCCACCUCCUCGCCAUCGUCAUCAUCGCCGCUGUCCACCACCUCGUCGCCCUCCAGUCAAGAGAGGAAGGACCGGCAAGAGGAAGAAGAGCAAGACGCGGACGCUGCGCAAGUGUACUUCUCCACAUACAUGUAUUGAGUGGGAAGGCAAAAGACUGCCAAACUCCCAUCUCUGUGUGUGCGUGCGUGCACUUGCCUGUUGUCUCUCUCUGUCUGUCUCUGUCUCUGUCUCUGUCUCUGUCUCUGUCUCUGUCUCUCUCUCCCUGUCUCUCUUGCUUCAGCCCCUCCCCCACCGUGAGGGUUGGUUUGCUGGUUGGUGGCCGCGCCCCCCCCCGUUGUUUAUUCCCUCUUUCAUCUCUCUCCUGAACGCCUUUUGUUGGUGCGUGCGUUUGGGUGUUAUCCCUCUUCUCUCAUGGCUGGAGUUACUGAUGAUGGUUGCCUUGUUUGCCUUGUUAUUGCCUUUGCAUCCGCACUGCGCGCUUCCUCUGUUGACGGAAGCCUUGCGCGUGCGAGCGCAUGUGUUAGCAAGCGUGUGUGUGCGUGUGUGCGUGAGUGUGUGUGAGUGAGUGGGUGAGUGUGUGUGUGUGUGAGUGUGUGAGAGUGUGUGAGAGUGCGUGCGCCUCUCCUUUCAUUCUGUUCCUCUUGGCCUCUCCUUUUGAGUGAGAGCCCAGGCAACCCCAUGUGGUUCUGCUUUGUUUUUUCUCGCAUGCUGGACGGCUAGACACACGAUGUGUUCCCAAAUGAACCUGUUUCCCUCUCCAGA